GCAGAUUUAAUGGAGUAAUCUUGUAAAGCAACUCUAUAAGAAUGUCUCAUCAAACAGCUAGACGCGCUGCAGCGCCUACAAGUUUAGAAUGUCCGUUGGCCUCGUUGGGACGUACUAGCAAUGCGGUAAUGGACUCUUUGAAUGGUCUACAUCAGUCUACCUUUCAUCAUCCAUUAAGUUCAAGUCCUUUGGAUCCCCAAGUUUAUCAAAUGUCUCGUAAAUCUCCCGAUCUUAGUAUAGACACCGAUACGGAUAUUAUUUAUCACACCAGUUCGGUUUCGCAACAGGGAGAUACUGUCGAUGGCCUGAGAGGAGAUUUAGAGGAUACAACACAAAGUGCCAAAAAUAAUACACAAGAAAGACAGGUGACUGCUCAGUUGUAUGAUCUCUCAAGAUCAUCGUCACAAAGUUCUUUAGAUCAGCCUCAGCCUAUACUGCAUAAAGCAGCAACUUUUGAGUUGAGAGGACGACAGCAUCCGCUAAAUGGUUCAACGGUAUUGCCUAGCUCAGCCUCGGUGGGACGUACGGCCCAACAACAGCAGAGAUCAAAUUUAUGUGUGGGCGUUAAUGCCAAUCAACAGCGUAAUUUUUUAGCCCUCGAACACUUAAUACAAUAUGGACGCCAUGAACGGGGGCCUAGUGCCUAUGUAUUACAUAGUAAUAGUGCCGAUACCGAGGAUUCAAGUGAUGCUGCUCCUGGCACUACCAACAGUCGCUUAACACGUCAUCAAAAUGGUCGUGGUACUGUACCGGUGGGGGCCUCUACAAAUGGUAAUGGUCGCAAUGCUCAAUAUUAUUUGGAAAAGAAAAUGGAUGCUUUAUACUUGGGUAGUGCCAUACGUGGUUUGCCAUUGGGUUCGGAGGCUAGUAAUUAUCAGAGUGAGCGUUAUUAUCUGGAGGAUGGUCUGCGGAGUAUGUGUGAUUUUAGUGAUGCCAAUGAGAGACUACAAGAUUCUCAUCUGCUGCACCAUCGCGCCUCGAGUCCCAGUGAAACAAGUGGUUCAGAUCGUUAUCUCUUAAAUCGCACCAACUCACCCGCCAAUGCCUUCAGUUCAUCGAAUCAUAUCGACAACUUUUCCAGUUCAAAUAACAACACCUCCUCCUCAUCGAAUUUGGCCUUGGAUCAGCGCUAUCAUCACAGCAAAGUGAAAAGUUUAUCCGAUGGUCUGUGUAAUUUAGGCAGAUUUUCACCUAGUCUAGAUCAGGGCUAUGCCACUUUGGUAUCACCCUCACCCACUGGCCAUCAUCCGAAUACCAUAACAACGCACAGUAUAGUUCAUCAUCCACCACCGGCUGCCAUGUCGGCGGCAGCGGCCAUAGCAAGAAGACAUGUGGAGACGGGACCACCACCAUGGUCGAAAAAGGGACCAUUUAGAUCGGGUCCCCUAUUUGAUCGUUUGCCCGACGAGGCCAUUUUGAAAAUUUUCCAAUGGUUCGAUAGUUGUGAAUUGUGUAGUUUAGCGCGAGUUUGCCGACGAUUCGAACAGUUGGCCUGGCGUCCGGUUUUGUGGAAAGUUAUUACUCUAAAAGGGGAACACCUGAAUGGUGAUAAGGCUUUAAAAAUGAUUUUUCGCCAAUUGUGUGGACAAACCCGCAAUGGUUCAUGUCCUGAAGUGGAGCGAGUAAUGUUGGCCGAUGGUUGCCGUAUAUCGGAUAAGGGCUUGCAAUUGUUGACCCGAAGAUGUCCGGAAUUAACACAUCUGCAGCUGCAGACAUGUGUUAAUGUCUCUAAUCAGGCUCUAGUAGAUGUCUUGACCAAAUGUACCAAUGUACAGCAUUUGGAUGUAACGGGUUGCACGCAAAUUAAUACCAUAACACCGAAUCCAAAUUUGGAACCACCUAGAAGACUUUUAUUACAAUAUUUAGAUUUAACCGAUUGUACAGCUUUAGAUGAUGUGGGUCUAAAAAUUGUGGUCAAAAAUUGUCCUCAACUGGUGUAUCUUUAUUUAAGACGCUGCAUACAAAUUACAGAUGCAGGUCUAAAAUUUGUGCCAAGCUUUUGCAUAGCCCUAAAAGAGCUUAGCGUUUCCGAUUGCCUUAACAUAACCGAUUUCGGUCUUUAUGAAUUGGCCAAACUGGGAGCUGCUUUACGCUAUCUAUCCGUAGCCAAAUGUGAUCGGGUAUCUGAUGCGGGUCUUAAAGUCAUAGCAAGACGUUGCUAUAAAUUACGUUAUCUCAAUGCCCGAGGUUGUGAGGCGGUUAGUGAUGAUUCCAUUACCGUACUGGCACGUUCAUGUCCACGUUUGCGGGCACUCGAUAUUGGUAAAUGUGAUGUCAGUGAUGCUGGCCUAAGAGCUCUGGCCGAAAGUUGUCCGAAUUUAAAGAAAUUAAGUUUACGUAAUUGUGAUAUGAUUACCGAUCGUGGGGUACAAUGUAUAGCGUAUUACUGUCGCGGUCUGCAGCAAUUAAAUAUACAAGAUUGUCAAAUAUCCAUUGAAGGCUAUAGAGCGGUUAAGAAAUAUUGUAAACGUUGUAUUAUAGAGCAUACAAAUCCGGGAUUUUGUUAAGAAAAGAAACAACCUAUUUAGAGUCUCCUACUAUCCUAACGCGCUCCUCUAACUGUACAUAUGUACUUAUUUAAGAAAAUUUAUUUUUUAAGCAAAAUUAUUUGAAUUUUUUUUUUAUAUAAUUUAAAAAUUAUUUAAAUUUUUAUUUUUAUAUUUUUUAGAACAAAAAUUUCUUUUAGCUAAAAAUUGUAAAUUAUUUAAUUUUUUUUUAGAAACUAAACAAAUCUAAAUCAAUUGUAAUUAGAUUUAGUUUUAGGAAUUUCUAUUUAAAUAACAUAAAAUCAAGUAUUGAAUAUUUAUAAAAUUGAAAAAUAUUUAAAAGAAUUUUUAUUAUUAUUAUUUUUUUUAGCUUAAUGCAUUAGUAAUUUUGUAUUAGACCUGGCAUUUGUUUUGUUUUCU